AUGCUUUUUGGAAACCUCUUGCUGGCCCUCUUGGCCUGGCUCUUUAUGUCUUGCGUCGAGAGUCUUCAUAUCACUCCGGAGACUGCCGAUGAUCAUUUGCGUAGCGUUUACGACUACAUCAUUGUCGGAGGAGGCACAGCUGGGUUAACUAUCGCUAACCGACUCUCGGAAAACUUUGCAGUUUCGGUUCUUGUUCUCGAAGCCGGGCCUCUGGACAAUGCAAGAAACCUUUCGAUUCCUGGUGGCCUACUCCCAGUUCCAGGAACAAUCGGGUCAGGCGGUUGGCAGAAGUACCAAUGGGGUUUGACCUCGGAGCCACAGACCUAUCUUAACGGCCAGAAUGUUGGAAUUCCCCAAGGAAGGGCUGUUGGUGGAAGCUCCAUCCUCAAUGGCCUUUGUUGGUCGAGGGGUUCCAUGUCCGACUACGAUGGCUGGGAAAAGCUAGGCAACGAGGGCUGGUCUUGGAAUGACCUCCUUCCUUACUUCAAAAUGUCCGAGACAUUCACUUUCAAUGUUGAGCAUCGUGACGCUGAACAGCUUCAUAUUCACCCUGAGUCAGCUGUGCAUGGAUACAACGGGUCGGUGCACGUCUCAUACCCUCGAUACUUUUAUGACCAAUCUUUCAACGUUUUAGAGGGUUUCGCAGAACUUGGUUUGCCCAUCAUUGGCGAUGUGAACAACGGGACAGCUGCAGGCGCCAUGAUCCUCCCCUCAAGCAUGGAUCCUGACAACCAAACGAGGUUCGAUGCUAGAGAGGCUCACGUUAAUUCGGCGUCUCAUAGAUAUAAUCUACAUAUCGCAACAAACCAGACUGUCACGCAGCUUCUUUUGGAUAGUCAUAGGGGUUAUAACUCAAGUCGACGAGUGGUUGGAGUUGAGUUCGCGCAAGACGAAAAGUCCAAGACACGGGUAAUUUACUGCAACCGAGAAGUCAUCGUCUCUGCUGGUGCUGUUUUCACCCCUACUUUGCUUCAGGUAUCAGGCAUCGGGCCAUCAGAUGUCCUUAAAUCACUCGACAUCCCGGUCAAGAUUGAUCUCCCUGGCGUUGGAUACAAUCUGCAGGACCAUCCUAUGGUAUAUGCCAACUAUUAUUAUCGGAACAGUUCCUAUUUCAGGAGCGACGAGAUAGUUGACGAUGUGUAUGAUGAAGUUGCUCACGAGUACAUCCAGAACAGAACUGGCCCCUGGACAGCACCACUCAUCAACACGAAAUUUUUGAACAAGAGUUCCGCAAAUGGUAUUCCUUCUACUACUCCCAGCUCAGUCCAAAAAGGCUAUAUAAUACAAAAGGAAAUUCUCAGAGGGCAAAUCCUUCGCAACGACACGGGCAUCUUCGAGAUCAUGGCGAACUCAUGGGGGCAACUUACCGUUGCUGCACAAAAGACCUUCUCCCAUGGCACCGUUCGACCUUCGACAUCUUCCAUGUUUGACCAGCCUGUAAUCGAUCCUAGAUACUGCUCCGAUUCUAUCGAUUGCGAAAUCAUUGUCCUAGGUCUUCAACUCAACACAAAGUUGAUCAACACCAAAGCGAUGAGGGAGCUGAUGCCUGAGCCGGAGUCGGCAUUCGAUACAGCAGACGGUAAGACUUUGAUGCGCCAGGUAAUGGAUAAGAUUGCGACAGAAAGACAUCCCUCAGGAACGGCAGCCAUGAUGCCUCUAGAGCUGGGAGGUGUCGUAGACUCGGAACUGAGAGUGCAUGGUACAUGCAAUUUGCGUGUUGCAGAUGCCAGCAUCAUACCCAUUAUUCCCUCGGCGCACCUGCAAGCUAGAGUCUAUGCUAUCGCUGAGAAGGCUGCAGACAUGAUUAAGUCGGCCAAGUUGGAUUGCCCUACUGGCUCAAAACUUCCUAUACCUCCCAAGAUUCGACCGAUAAUUUGA